AUGCAGUCGGCACCCCCGAGCAGCCCGAAAGUACCAGCAGGUACCUUCGUUGAAUUUCAAGUGAUCAUUUUGACGAAUGAUGAGAAUCACUUUGCGAGUGAGCUCUGUGAAGGGACAUGCAAGGGGCUGAUCAAGAUAAGUAAUCGAUGCAUGAUAUACUUCAUUCUGAGGAACCUAAUUGAGCAGAGAUUAAAAUAUAUCACUAUCGUCGUGAAUAGCAGAUACUACGAUGAGAUGGUGGCUUACGUCAAUGAGGCAUUCCCGGAAAAUUACCGAAUAGACGACAAGAAAAGCCUAGACAGCUACUGCAUCGACGUGGAGCCAUACACCUCCAGCAACAACGAGGAGCUGGGGCCGGUGCAAUGCCUGCUGCAGAUGCGCCACAAGAUAAAGUCCGACUUCAUCAUCGUCAACUGUGAUAUCCUUGGAUUUGUCGAUUUCCAUUCCCUAGCAAACCUAUUUCGGGGUGAAAACGCCAUCUGCGCGCUGCUCCUCCUGGAAGAGAACCACACAGACAACGAGAAGAAGAAACAAAAAAGGAACGAUGAGUUACUAAAUUUGGAGAAUAAAAUCUGGGUGUGUAUCGACAAAAACAGCAAAGUGGUCAGUAUAAAGGAUUCCCUCUCUAUGAAGCAGAGUGGGAGGCUGAAGAUAAGUAAAAUCAAUUUGAUGGCCCAUCGGAAUUUCAUCUUGAAGACGGAUCUCCUGGAUAGCCACGUCUACAUUUUUAAAAACUACGUCCUGGACAUCAUGGAGCGCAAGAGCGCCUUCACCAGCAUUAAGUACGACCUGAUACCCUAUUUGAUAAAAAUUCAGAACACACGUAGGGCAGCAGAGUAUUACGCCAAGUCAGAAUUCAGAUUUAAUAUGUACAAAACGCUCAUCAAUGAGUACGAAGGAGGAGAGGACAAGGACGAGUCGGAACAAAAGGAGGGCGCCACCGCGCCAAGUGAACCACUCGACCAGCAGGAGAACAUAGAGAGUGUCGUCUGCUACGUGCAGCCCAAGUCCAAUGGCUUCUGCCAGCGGAUCAACACCCUACCCAACUUUAUCAAGGCCAACAUGCUGUUCUGCGUCUCCAGACACGAGCAGCUGAAGAACGUUCUGCCCCCCUACUGCUUCUUCCUAAUGAGUGACAAGAACCAGUCGUACAAGGACUGCAUAAUAAGUAGCCACUUUGAGCACGAGGAGAAUGUCAUUCUGAAAAAGUCCGUCCUGGGAAAAAACGUAACGAUAAAAAAAAACUCCUCCGUUAAUAGAAGCAUUUUCAUGGAUAACAUAAUCAUCAGUGAGAACUGCCACAUACAGAAUUGCAUCCUCUGCAAAAAUGUUGUCAUCGAGGAUAACUGCAAGCUUGUCGACUGCAUCGUGAAGGAAAACAGCGUCAUUGAAAGAAAUGGCAUCUUCGAGAAGGAAACCUUACCUCUAUUUAUCUCCUAG